AAAACAAGGUCAACAUUGCCGUUUAUUUUUGAAAAGUCCGUUGAAACAACGAUGAGAAAUAACCAUUUGGUAACAAGUAUACGAAAUGUACAGGAGAACAAUUUCAUGUAGUGUGCUUUAGACUUGAUACACCGGAGUUGUAGAAUAUGUUCAGCUUUGUACUGGCAUUCCUCUACGUUAAUUCAGCUGUCUCUCAAAUAGCUGAUUGGACGUGGAAUGACACUACCGCCCUGGACGCCUAUGUUGCGCGCGCAGACCCUGCUUACACAUACAGCUUGUUAAGCACACAACGAUAUGACGCCAUAACUGACGGUGUAGAGGACUGCACUGUUCAUAUUCUCAACAUGACGUCACUGAAAUGGCAAAAUGACACCAUCACUUCGCAAAGCGUCUGGUGGCACCAUCUAUCGAUAGUUAUUCCAGAUAAUGUGAGAAUUUGGGAUAAGAGCUUCAUGUUCAUUGGCGGAGGCAGUCAGAGAAAUGCACCACCAGAUCCAGAGACAGAUGUAUUCUUGGAUGCAGUCGCUGAAGUGGCAGUGAGGCUAGGGAGCGCGGGAGCAUUCCUUAAACAGAUUCCAAACCAACCAAUGUACCUCUAUCAGUCAGCGGAACCAGAGAGACGCCGAAGUGAAGAUGCUUUGAUAGCUUGGACGUGGCGACAUUAUAUCGAAACUAACAGAUCAGACCCGGAAAUGAUUUUACAAUUCCCAAUGGUCAAGGCUGCUAAAAUGGCAUUUGACACCAUCCAUUCAUACACAAGACAGAACGUCAGCAGCCAAUUUAACAUCGAUAAGUUCUUCCCAGCGGGAGGCUCAAAACGAGGCUGGAUCACGUGGUUGCUUGGUUGUGUUGACAGGAGAGUGAUGGCAAUGAGUCCAAUGGUGCUUUCUAUUUUAAAUUUAGUAGAGACACUGGGCCAUCAUUAUCGUGCUUACGGAGGCUGGUCGUUUGCAUUCAAUGAUUACUGGAGUGAAAAUAUCACUCAGCAUCUGUAUCAUCCUACCACACAGGCCCUGGCUAAUCUUAUUGACCCAUUCAGUUAUCGUCAACGUAUGACCAUGCCAAAGAUUGUCGUUCAAGCGACAGCAGAUGAAUUCUUCCGGCCUGAUGAACCAAACUUUUGGUUCGAUCAACUUAUUGGACCAAAAUAUGUCAAGUUAAUGAGAAAUGCUCAGCAUGCACUUGUCGGUAGCUAUGACAACAUCAUUGACUCAAUCGUUGCUAUGUUUAGAUCUAUGGAUGAGAACCAGCCCUUACCUCAAUUCAGAUGGGAGCUCACUCAGGGUGUCAGUACCGGACGGACGACCGUUUACACCACCACGCCUCCUGCAGAAGUCAGAGCAUGGUUUGCUAGAUCCGCCGAUGGUGAAUUUGGACAUCAAAGACGAGACUUUCGUUGGUUUAUUCGGAGCAUCGAGGAACCCGAAGAGGUUGAUCUAAACCUAGUAGUAUGGGAGGACGCCAGUGCAGAUGUUGUCACAGUGACGGAGGACGAGGAAUACUAUGUAGAGUUCGAUAGGCCAGCAGAGGGAUGGCUUGGCUUCUUUAUAGAGGUGGAUUUUAUUCUCAAUGAUUCGGAGGCCAGUGUGUUCGAAGGGACAACUGAACUUAACGUAGUGCCAAAUACAUGGCCGUUCCCAUUCUGCAGUAACCCUCUUGAGUGCACUGGAUCUUUAGUGUAAACGUAAUUGAGGAGUGUAUUUGUCAU